AUGGCUGAUACGAGUGAUAAAAAUCCGAAAGCGGAACCGAACGAAAACAAUGCAAAUGUUACGCAAAAAACAACAUUUUGCUGGGAAACGUACAUCGCGGAGUUCAACUUCACGAAAGCCCCACAGAUAUGUUUCAACCAAUCGCCCACUCCACCCAAAAAUGAAUUCGAGAAGGGUCGAUUGUUAGUGGUUCCGGAUUUAAAAGGCGGUGACAUGCCGUGUUUGGGGAGUAUCCAAGCCGUGCAUGGGCCAUGGAUAAAUAUCCGACUUGAGGGCACAGAUCAUUCAGACGAUCGAUGGGUGAUGUGCGACGAUUCGGGGAUUCAAGCGAUUAGCGGCGAUAUCGGCCUGAAUCCCCCAGUCGGCUAUCUGCACAGCCUUCGCGGGUUUCAUCAAUGGAAAGAUAAACAAAUCAACACAUUGGAUGAGAAUGGAGAGGGGAAAUUGGCGAAAUCGGAAUGGUUUCAUUCGAUCAAUCGAAAAUAUCAUCCAUCCAAGUGCUAUUUCCAAGUCGGCCAGAAAUUGGAGGCGAUUGAUCAGAAAAAUUUCUCCGGUGUUCCUCACGUGGCCACCGUCGUGAAAGUGAAAGAUGGAAUGUUGACAAUUCACUUUGAUGGAUGGUCAUCAAGUUAUGAUAUUGAAGAGCAUUACACAUCAAGAGCUUUGUAUCCAGUUGGAUGGAGUGCACUUGCCGGAUUGGAAGUCGCUGCACCGUCGAUGCAGAUUUUAAGAAAUCACGCAAUUAAUCCACAAAUCGCUCAAGCUCCAGUGAGAGGAGCGGGAAAAUUCUCCACACAAAGCAAUCGUUUAUUUCAAUCAUCCAUUUCAACUCAACCCUCAAAAAUCCCUCCAAUUCCUGUUGCUGUCAAAAAGCCGCCGCCAGUUCCAAUUCAACGACUUUCCGAUGUUGGAGCGAAUCCAACGAAUCGACCAAUGUUGUCAAAAGGGAAACCAUUGCCUCCAAAACCCGUCACUGUUCCAAAACCAGCAAUCGUCAAGAAGCGAACGAUAGAAAUGGAAUAUUCCGAUAUCCCUUUGAAGAGGAUCUCAACUGUCGAACCGACUGCGAGAGGAUCAUCGGAAGCUUCUUCCUCAGCGAACAUUUCAUCGGCUUCAGUGGCUGGAAGUCCAGCAGUGAACGGAUCAACAAGUCCUCGACCGCCAAUCGGUACAACUACACCCGUUUCUGCUGGGAAAGAACCCCUCGGACAGGUUGGACAGCAAGGCGUCCCCACCGAUGUGAUGUUGAGUUGCGGUGACUCGGUGCCGAUGAGUCAACGAAGCAUGACAGUGUUUGUGAAUCGUCAUUGUCGAUCGGGGAACCUAUUAAGCACACAGAAGAUCCAGGAAUUACCGCGAGUGAUCGGACCACUUUCAAUUCAUCACGUAGUCAGAGAAGUAGUGCAACAGUUGAUAAAUUGUGGAAGCGAGCACGUGCAAAUCUAUCGAAAAGUCGAGGCUGGACCCGUGAAAAUCCUUGCUGUAACAGCUCAAGUUUCUGGUUUCACAAAUGUUCGCUAUAUUCCAAUCGUGAAAAACGUGACCGCUGCCUGGAGUUAUAUAAAGAAACUCUUGCAAAAGAUUGGUUGUUGCCCUAAUUUAAUCGCUGAUUCGCCCACACCUUGUCACCAAUGUCCGAUCAGUCCUGAUGAUGUCGAUGAUGGAAUUGUGACAACGAGUGCUGCGUCGAGUAGUCGCCAUCGAAGCAACAUGGACACACUUUCCGAUGCAAGUGCUGAAACCUCUGGUUCUGGGAUCUCUUCUCAACCAUUCGCUCAAUGGACAAUGGAAAGAGUUGAAGAGGAAUUAAGCAAGAAAUUCGAGCCGGCUGUUGUAGAAAAAUUCAAGAAUAGUCAAAUUGAUGGCCGAGCGUUGGCAUUAUUGCAAACAGAAAGUAUCAUCAAACACAUGGGAAUCCCGCUUGGACCUGCGUUGAGGAUAAUCGAUUUCAUCGAGACACUUCGCGGUCAAAAACCCACGAGCACCAUCAAAACCGAGUUGAAUGCCGAGAUGAAAACGGAAGAAUUUUCAAAUUCUUUUGGAAAU